ACAGCUUGUCUUUUGGUAACAAAGUUAUAUUCAAUAAUAAAAAAGAAAUAAAAUGCAGCAAGACGAUGGACAGGAGAAAGCACAACAACUGCAAAAUUUUCAAUCGGAUGACCUGCUGGAAAAACUGAAAUUACUCAAUUACGAGAAGCACUUGCUGAAGGAAUUCAAACUGAAGCCGUUGUCGCGUUUCUACUUUGUGAAGGCCACCAAUCCCGGGGAGCAGUUCUACAUGUUCACCCUGAUCUGCUGGUGGCUGUGCAAAAAGCUUGGCAAGGACAUGGACCAGCCGCAGGAGUACGAUGAUCCCAACACCGUGACAGCCAAAAUCAUUCAAUUGCUUGGGGAGAUUGAUGUCCCAGUGGACUUUCCCCCCAACAAACUGAUCCGCGGAGCUGGACCCAUUUGCCUGAUGGUCCUGGACGUCCUUUCCACGCAAGCCUGCAAGGUGGCCAAGGUGGGCUACCAGAAGCUGCACAUCGCGCAGGAGGAGGAGUUCCUGGGCGACUACCUCGAGGACAAUGCCGAGAUUAUACUGGAGAAGCUGGAGGACGAGCAGAACGCAGCCGCCUUGAGCGAUGAUAGCGACAUGGAGCUGGAGGCGCACAACUUCCGGCAGCUCAACUGGCUGAAUCGACCCCAAAAGAAGUCACUGGGUGAUGUGAACCUCGACGAGCGCAGUCAGGAGCUCGAUGCCAGGAUGAGCGAUCACCAGGAGUGGCACUUGGAGCUGGAGCGGGUGCUGCCCCAACUGAAGGUGUUCGUCAAGGCGGAUGCCCGCGACUGGAGGACCCACAUCACCCAGAUGGAGGCGCUGGAGGCCAGUAUAGCGGAGACAUCGGAAACCACCGAGGCCCAGCUGAAGAAGCUCCACAGCGAGUUCACCUUCAGCCUGGAGAAGAUCGAGAGUCGCGAGAAGCACCUGAACAACGAGCUCCAGCCGCUCAUCCAGCAGUUCAAGGAGCUGUCCAUCGAGCUGUCCGCCAUCCAGUACGCCCAAAGCCAACUGCAGGCGGACACCGAGAAGCAGACGGCGCAGCUCAACGAGGUCCUGAUGGAGCAGGAGCUCAAGAAGGAGGAAAUGGAGCGACGAGGCCAGGUCAUGUCCGAUGGCAGUUCGGUGCAGCAAAUCAGGAAAUCGAUCGCCAAGCUGAAGGAGGACAUCGCGCAACUGAAUCUGGAGGUGGCCCUGCUGGUGCAUGCCCACGACCAGGACAUCGUGGUGCGGCAGUUGCACCAAACCGCCGAGCUGGCAAACAGCCCGUAAAAUCCGCCCAGAGAUAACGAACUACUUAGCAUGCCAGCCGAGUCCAGCCCGAUCUUUUCACACCUCGCGAAUGGGAGUGCGGUUGCUUCGUUUGCACUGGUUCCCGAGAGAUAAAUACUCGGAGGAAUAGUACACUGGCAGGAAUAAUGUUUCAGUUUAUUGUUCUGGA